AUUACAUUUUAUACCAGUAAAGUUCAAACAAAUCACUCAUAUGCCAGUAGGAUUUUUUAAAGUACUAAUGAGAAUUUACAUUAACUCAAAGAGCUUCAUAAAAAUAAUCAACUUCAUUUGUUAAUGUUCUUUAUUAUGUAUGAAAAAUCAGAGAAAUCACAUAAUGCACCAUUUUUCCAGGUGUCACCUAUAUCCUCUCAAUCAUUAUCUUCACCAUUGUCAUCGAAGAAGUCCAAUCAAACAAUAGUGAGUGCGAAAAAAUUACACAAUCCAUUGGAUAAUGAAAUCUUCCUAAUACACCCACCGAACACUACUGUUUGUAUUGGUGACAAUAAUCAUAAUAAAAAUGAGGAUUUUCAACACACUGUAUGUCAAACAGUAAAUAAGAAAAAUGAUAAGAGAAGCACUAAAGAGAAAAAUAAUGGUCAAAAAUCGUCUUUAUGUAGUCAACUUUUUCCUUGUUGCGUUAGUAAACAGUCUAAACCAGCAAAAAAUUCUUCUUUUUUUACUAGACCAAAUGAUAACGACGAUGAUUGUGACAAUAAUGAUAAUCAUAAAGAUACUGGAAAUAAACAAAAACUAAUCACUGAGUCACCGUCUACAGAAGUUGAUUAUUUAGAUAAUUCAGAUGAAGCUACUUUAAGAUUAAAGGAUUCCUUUAGGACCUAUGAAGAACGUCAGAAAUAUAAAUCUAUCAUUCAGGAUGCUCCAUUGUAUCAAAUAUAUACAGAAAAGGCUUCAAUCAGUGAAUCAAGACGUGAUGCACGAAGACUUUUAGCUCUCGUUCAACCUGGCUCUUUGGAUAAUCCAUCAAAUAAUUUAAAAUUUGAUGAUGAAUUAUUUACUGCAAUAGAUGGUGAUGAAUCCGAUCCAAAUAAUCCGUAUUCACAGAAAGUACCUGGUAGUUUGAUAGAUAGUCAGCAAUCAUCGAUUCGUAUGAAAAAUUCUGAGCGAAGAGAUUUGCCAUUUCAUCCACAGAAUAGCGGUUCUUCCUCAUUCAGAUCAAGGAAUAGUGACUCACUGAAAACCUCUUCGGUUAAGCGCGCUCAUUCAAAUUCUAAUGCUAGUGAAAGAAGUGGAAAGCAAAAUUUUAUUUCUAAGCCGCGAAGACAGACUCAAGAAGUUCAGAGUUUCGUGAAUGAAGUCGCUGGAACUGGACCUAAUCGUGUACAGUGGUUUGAAAUGCCUCAAGUGAUCAGCGCAGGUUUGGCCAGGGACCUACCUGAUUAUCAAAAGAAGUUGCAAGAGGCACUGUUUGAAGUUAUAACGUCAGAAGCGUCUUACUAUCGAACCCUGCAUAUUUUAAUAGAAAAGUUUUAUAAAGCUCAGUGUAUGCAGCCAGAUUCUAAAACGUCUGUUAUAACAGCUAUUGAGAAACGACACUUAUUUUCAAAUAUAUCGGAAAUAUUUUUCACUAGUGAAACAUUUCUUCGAGAUAUGGAAUUAUAUUUUAUUCAAAAUCCACUGAUACCUCAAUUAUGUGAAAUUAUAUAUGAACAUACUGAGAAUCAUUUUGAAAACUAUGUAAAAUAUGUACAAAAUCAAAUGUACCAAUUAAGAACACUAACGAAAUUAUUAUCUUCUCCUGCUUUUGUAGAAGCAGUUCGCUCAAUACAGCAACAACCAAGCUGUGGAUUCCUAGAUCUUAAUUCCUUCCUAUUACUUCCAAUGCAACGUGUUACACGUUUACGUCUUUUAUUGACUGCUAUCUUACAUUAUGCUCCUAAAAACGGUGUUACGUAUCAAAGUGGUUUGGUAGCCCUUGCGUCUAUAGAAAAACUUAUAAGUAAAUGUGAUUCAGAAAAAGCUCGUAUGGAACAAAAAGAACGUCUUGUAGAAAUUUGUAGAAGAUUAGAAUACAAAUAUGAUGCAAAGUCUUUGGCUACGGAAAGUCGGACUCUUGUAAAAGAAGGUGAUCUACGUCUUUUAACAAUGACCAAUGUACAAGGUAGCGGAUUCCACCGUCGUUUCAGCAGUAUUCGUAAACCCAAGGCAACAAUAGCAACUCUAUUUCUAUUUAGUGAUUACUUAUUAAUUACCAAAAAGCGAAGUAAUCAGCAUUUGUUGGUUGAAGAUAGUUGUUCGUUGAACUAUAUUCACGUGGAGGCCCAAAAUGCCUUACGCAAUUGUUUCAUACAUCAUUUCUGCCGAUCUGGGGAUCCCAAAUUAAAUGCACAAUUAAGACAUGUGACUUAUGUAAAAACGUUGAGUCUUCCUAAGCAAACUGCUACUGAAAAAGGCAACGUAAAUAAUCAAAAACCACGAAAAUUUUCUACAGAUACAAAUAAUGCAGAUGUUGGGCUCAAUGUAUUUUCGUUUCUCCUAGUAAUAGAAGGCCCUGAUCAUCCACGUGUUCAGUACGUGUUCCAAGCAGAAACACUUUCGAAAAGAGAACGAUGGUUGGAUGGUCUUUCAUGUGGUCGUCAUGGUAUCCCUGAAAAUCUAGGUUCGGACAUCUGCGAAUGUCCUCAAGUACUCAUCACUAAAUCUUAUUCUGCUAUUGAAUGUGAUGAACUAGAAUUAAAAGAGGGAGAUCAAGUUAAUGUGCUUGUCAGCUUAUCAGAUGGUAUCCUUCAAUUAUUUUCACUUUAUUUAUGACUACUUUUUUAAAUAUUUUUAAUCACCAUUCACCAAAGCUGGUUUCUAGUUAUCUUUGUCGGAAAUGAUCAUAUAUGCUGAAGUUAAAAUAUAGUCGAUUUUUUCUUGUGUAGUCAUUUGUUGUCACAGCACUCUAGACAUUGCCUUAUGUAUUUAUUGUCAGACUAUGCGAAUUAAAUACCAUACUAUGCAUGAACUUGAGGUUAGAUUCAUGUCCCAGCAAUUUACAAAUAAAUAAAUAAAUUGACAUGGUUUAUCGUCCUGUAGUUUGUCUUGUUAUUUCACCUUCAAAAGAUAGCUUCUGUUAGCAAUUUAUAAGACGUCAGUAGAAAGCUAAACCUCUAAAUUCAUCAACACAAUGCACCCAGUGAAUGAUAACUCCGAAGCUUUUUGCUACUUUCACAGAGAAAGCCUCGUAUUCUCGGUUACUUAGAGAUAUUGGUCAAGGUCUUAUUGUAAUGGAUGAGAAUACAUGUGGGGAUAACCAGUUGUGUCUUAAUAUAAAAUUAUGAAGUUAUUUGGUCAAAUGUGAGAACCAUACAGUCAGCACUUUAUUUGCAAAUACUCCAUCAACUGUCUCAAACUUCGUCGUUCCUUCAAUGACAUAACAAUUACUCUGUUCCCGUGCUCUUCCAUUCGAUCUUCCAAACAUUCUGCUGCCAGGCAUUCCACUUCUGAUUGCUGUUAUAUACUACUUAUGUCGACACAUGUAUCAUACAUCGAAGCUGAAUGUUUCAGAAAACAUUUUACUGUUUCUUAAUUGAUUAGCCACUGAGAUUCAGCUGAUCAGCCUCAGUCUACGAACACUCAGUAUUGAUUCAAACCACUGAAUCAAAAAUAUAAUGGUCCACAUUUCCGAGCAUACAACUUGGGUUAUUGGUGAUAUUUAUCUCACAAGCGAUUUGAUUCUCUACCAAUGAUUUUGAAAUAAGAACUCCGUAAAUCAGCAUAAACAACUGCUUCCCAUGAGAAAAAUAUAUUAAUUAGUAUAAACUGCAUCGCAAUUGAUUGAUAAAUUUAAAGUGGUGGAACAAAAAAUGUUUGUGAAAUUGAAUCCACACGUUAAGUAUUUGAAGGUAGUCGAUAGUAAAUCCUUGAUCCAGCUUUCGUGCUACAUGCUAUCCAUCAGAAAAGCGCACCUAUAGUCUUGAGGGGGGCAGUGUUCCCUACGGAUCCUUAUCCCGUACCAUCAAACCUGACAGUCAGAGACUAUAUCAGUGAGCUGUUCGAAGAGCGUCUGGCCUUUUAUAGGACUGAGUUGUUUACAGUUGAUUGAUCUCUAUGUAGAAAUCAAUAUCACGUAUGUCCAGUCCUUAAAGUACUGAUGGAAAUCUAUCGAUAAACAUAUUUGCGACAAUGCUGGCUCAAAGGAGCAUUACCUGACGGUAGACGUGGAUGGUUUCCAAGUCAUAUUUGUACUGAAGUCAAAGAUUCAUCAAUGAAACGUGAAAAUAUGAAAAAUUUUAUGCUUAUGGAAGAAGCUAAAGCAGCCUACAGCGUGAGAAAAAGCCGUGAAACAUUUGAUGGUUUUCCUAAAAUGAAAGAUAUUCAAAAUAGUGAUCGAGACUUAGGAAAAAUUAGACCAAGAUAAUACAACAUAUAAAGAACGAUGAUGAACUACAUAGCUAGUAAACGAAAUUAUGUUUUUAUUUUACUCUUUUCUCUCUUUUCAUAACCUUUCUUUUCUCAUACUGAAUGACCAAGAUGGAAUACUAGACAAAGUGUUGCCUAGCAAUAAUCCUAGGAAAAUCAUAAUCUUACUUGCUUUUUAUUUUUAAAUAAACGAUAACAAAUAACAAUCGCUGUUCACCAUUUACUUCUUAAUGAAUAUAGCACUCAAAGAGUAUAACAAAUAUGACCAUCUUUAAACUUGUAAAGUUUCUGUUAAUUUUAAAUAUUUAAAUGUGGAACUUUUUCAAAAUAUUCCAACUGAAUCAAAUCCAUUAUCAGCAAUAGGACUUUAAUUAUGUACAAACUUUCAGUUUUAAACUUUACGAUUUUGAUAGGUCAUUGAAACUGUUUUACUAAUAACCGAGAAUCCCCUCACACUAAUCUUAUUGAUGAAUUAUAGUAAUUCUUUUUACGAU